GUCUCGUUCACUAACCUGUCCCUAAUAAUAAAGAGGUUGGCGGUGGAAUCUCUUAAGUCUUUAGCUAGAGUGGCGCUAAACUGCGUUGAGUCUUGGCCCAAACCAAAGAGAUCCAUUAUUGGAGCUACAGCGGAUGUCUUGGCAACCAUUUGCGAAAAGAAAAAAUAAUCUACGGAGUACAUAAUAUUUCAAAACGUAUCCCACCAAACUCAUACAACGCCAGGUUUCAACUGCACCCCAAUUUUCCCCAACGGCCCCUUCCGCUUGACACAAUGGCCGUAGAGAAGAAAGACAAAAAGCGCAAGGCUGCCAUAGUCUCAGCCCAAACUACUGCGGACCCGCCGUCGAAGAAGUCCAAGAAGUCGACAUCUAAGCCAGCUAAGGUUCAGGAGGAUGUCCCCAAGCCAAUUCUAAAGAAGCCCAAGGCAGCAGAGGCCACCAAUAGUGAUUUGCCCAAGUCUGUUCCUGUCAAGGUUACUAGCGAACCUGCGAGACAGAUCCGGCCUCGAAAACGUGCUGCGGACUUUCUGAGCGAUGACGAAGCGGAAGAGGGCGAUCGCGAGAAGAGCAAGAAAAAGUCUGUCACAUCUUCACCUGCUGCUGCAAAGUCUAAGAGUAGCGCGGCCGAAAAACCUAGCAAGAAAAAGUCAAAGAAGGCUGCUGAGGUUCCUCGGCCAUCAGUUCCUUCUGCUGCUAAGAAAACUGCCACGAAAGCUGAUUCUGGAAAGGAAUCAUUGAGCGCUAGUAAAUCUAGCAAGGAGAGCAAAGAUGUCACAGAAGCUUCCAAGGAAAUCUCUAGGCAAAUUGCGGAGGAUGAGAACGAGGGAAGCGAAGGGGAAGGAGAUGAUGACCAAACUACUGCCUUGAUCCAGGGGUUUGAAAGCAGCGGUGACGAAGACAUAUCUGGGGACGAAGGAUUUGAGCCUGGAAAAGGGGUCCCCGCCAUCCCAGAUGCAAAGCAGAUGAAGAGGAAGCUGCGUAAGAUGAAGAAGAACACCACGGAAGCGGAGGAGCCAGGCACCAUUUACGUUGGCCGCGUUCCGCACGGUUUCUACGAGCACGAAAUGCGCGCCUACUUCUCCCAAUUCGGCCCCAUCACUCAACUCCGCCUAUCCCGCAACCGCACUACAGGUAGAUCCAAGCACUUCGCAUUCAUCGAGUUCGCCUCCGACUCUGUCGCCAGAGUCGUCGCUGAUACGAUGGACAACUAUCUCAUGUUCGGUCACAUUUUGAAAUGUAAGUACGUACCCAAGGAACGUGUCCAUCCGGAGCUGUGGAAGGGAGCGAACAAACGAUUCAAAAGGACGCCGUGGAAUGUUAUUGAGAGGCGUAGAAUGGAUGCGGGGAAGACGAGGCAGCAGUGGUCUAAGAAGAUUGAACAGGAGGAGGUGAGGAGAGCUGCCAGGGCAGAGAAGAUGAAGGUGCUUGGUUAUGAGUUUGAGAUGCCGGCGUUGAAGGGGGUCGAUGAGGUUCCUGUUGCGGUCGCCGGGGAGGGGGAACAGGGAGCAAUUGAUGGUGUGGAAAAGGAGCCAUCUGCGGAUAAACAAGAACAGCCUGCUGCCAUUGAAGCUCCGACAAAGGAUACAGACAAGCCCAAUGGACAUGUUGCUGACGCGGAGACUACUCCGAAGAAGGCCAAGAAGGAGAAAGAGAAGAAGGAUACUCCUCCUGUAAAGGAGGCAAAAAGGACUGGCGAGGUGGAGAAGAAGAAGAAGGAAGGUAAAUCUACCCCGAAGAAGGAGAAGGCAGUGGUGGAUACCCCUGAGAAACCGGCAAAGGGUAGGGAGGGUAAAGCCAGCCCUGCAACUGCAGGGAAAUCCGAGAAGAAGGGAGGAAAGUCCAAGGGGAAGAAGAGCAAGGCAUAGAAAAGGAUGCUUUGAGAUUGGCCUUGAGUUUGAUUUUGAUCCUUGGUUAUGUGACCGGUUGAAGGGGCUUCUUUUUUGCAAGCUUUUUUAAAUUUCUUUGGAGUUCUUGUCUGUGUGUAUACUUAUAUAUUUAUCUGUGGUUAAGUAUUUAGAAACCUUUUGUUUUGAGGAAUGUAGGACUGUAUUUCCUCCUUUUUCCAACUGCUCAGCCUGUUAUAUAUGCAUUGUCUAUGUGUGUUCAAACGGAGCUACAAUUGCGGAUAUCAACGGUGGUUAGUGCUACCAUUACUGUCUCCGAGCUUUGGUCCAAACGAAGGGAAAAGGACGGUUGAUUGUAACUUGUAAUCUAGCAAAACCCUACGAAACACCAUUUUCGAGUCGUAUCCUUCAUUCUUCAUUGCUAAAAAAUAAGAUAUCCAACUUCAUACUGC